CGCAGACAUCCUCGACACCAACGACUAUUCCUACCAAAUGUUUACCUUUCAGAGUCCCGUAUCGCCAUACACUUUCUCACAGACGAACGCGAUCAUGCGUCCAAUAUCAUUUUCGUCACCGGCGCCAGCCACCGGUGAGCGAACACACACGCAAGGAACGACAUCGACGUCGUCACCCCUCAAACCCCCCGGGUAUCACAUCCGCAGCCCCCCCUCCUCCCCUCUCAACCCCACCUCAACCACCCAACGACGCCGCCCCCCACCAACCCUCCCACCCCCCUCCGCCCGUCGCCAGAAAAACCUUACACAGACUGUGGCGCUGCUUAAACAUCAGCGCGAGAAGAGGGUACGUGAGGGACGGGGUGGAGAGGAUGAGAUUAUGAGGGUCAUUAUUGCUGCGGAGAGGAGGAGGAGGGAGGGGGAGAUGGAGGAGGAGGCGAGGAGGGCGGCGGCUUGGGAUGAGGGGGAGGAGAUGGAUGCUGAUGGGGAUUUUGAGAUGGAUGGGAUGGAUGUGGGUGGUGGCGAAGGUAUGGAGAUGUACUCUAGCCGGAAUCCGACGGGGGGACAGGUGGAGACGCGAACGUGUCCGGAGUGUUGGAGUGACGAGCUUGUUGCCGUCGAUGGUGGAUCCGUAUGCUUCGAAUGCGGAGCUGUUGAGGGCGUCGUCUCUGUUUGAAUAUAGAGGACGCAGAAGGUUAUCGCUGGACGAUCUGGGCUUUUCUUUUAUUUUCUCGUAGGUGUUUGUUGGGUACAGGCGUUUUAUUUUUCUGCUUUUUUUUUUUUAACAUGACAUCGGCUUGUAUGGUGAC